UUUUCAAAAUCUUCAAUCAGAAAUGAGGUGGUAGUUUUUGAUAACAUUACAGUACUCCUAUAUAAGACAUCAGGAUAUGAUGAUAAUAAAGCACAAAGAGUAAGCAAUUUUUAAAUUUUCCAUUUCAGGAUAUAAAAUUUCACUUUUAAUUUUCAUAAUGCUAUUUGCCAACAAUGAAAAACAAAACAAAACAAAAGUUCUGCCAAAAACACACCAGAGCAGUGGCAAAGUUUGGCCGUUGCCAACGUUAACCAUCUCGCGAGAGUUUCGCAAUUUGCAUGUUACCUUCUAGACACGAUGCCAAACUAAAAGUUGGGGAUAGUUUAACUUAACGGUGAAUUGAUGCCAGAGAAUACCCGCAGCCAAUCAGUAAACAGUCCUGUGACUCCUCUGACACGUUGACUUACAUUACAAAGAAUUUCUUCCCACCUGAAACACAUGAACACGCCUCAAAAGAAAAUGAUUGCGGCUCUGGCUUGCAAUUAUUUGCACAAAAGCCCAGAGGGAGAACUGACAAUUGGGGCUAUAAAACAGGGGCGCAAUUUUCUUUUUCUUGAAAAACUGGAGCUAUGUAUUACUGUAAUUAUUCUGAGUAUUUAUAUGAAUUUGAUUUAUAAGAUAUUUGCUUUUUUUUAUUACUUUGUUUAGCUAGUUUGUGUUUGUUUAUUUUGUGGGCGGUGCUACCAUCUAGGUAGGCAGGUUUACACUACAGUUGUUACCUCGGGCAGCAGGAGCCAGGAACUACUUUCCUGGAGAGCUAAAACCACACCUCCAUACAAUUCUUUCUGAGUUACAUCAAAUGACUUUGAAUAAAUAGCCUCAAAUUUGCACGUUUGUUUUCCUAGAGACAGGGCAUUGGCUGGAUAAGGAAUGCCGCUGCUCUGUUUAUGCCUUAGGGUGAAAACCCUAUAGAUAUAAUCUAAUGUUCGGGAUAUGACUGUGCUUGUCACAGUUGCAGGAAGACAGAGGACGGAACAUUAAGUCCUAGAAAGACGAGAAUUCUUUGACUAUGAAGGAUUAUGAUGAAACCACAGCUUUUCUGGGUGAGUGGGGACGUUUCCAGCAGGUUGUCUUCUUUAUGCUGUGUGCCAGCAUCGUGCCCAAUGGAUUUGGUGCUUUCACCCUUGUUUUCGUGGGUGACAUACCAAGUCACCACUGCGGGGAUCCUGACUUCAACCUUACCGAAGACUGGCGCAAAACCAUCAUACCAAUUAAGGUGGUGGAUGGGAAACAGGAGCUGAGCAGAUGCAGCAGGUACAGACUGGAUGUAGUCAGAAAUCUCUCUGCUCAGGGAUUAAUUCCUGGCAGAGACGUCAACCUCACCGACCUGGAGCAGGAGAGCUGUUUGGACGGGUGGAGCUACAGCAAAGACAUCUACCAGUCCACCAUAGUCUCUGAGUUUGACCUGGUGUGCAGUGAUGAGUGGAAACAGCCGCUCACCGCCACAGUUUUCUACCUCGGAGUUUUUUGUGGAUCCUUCUUCUCAGGACAGCUCUCAGACAGAUUUGGAAGAAAACCUGUUCUUUUUGCAACCAUGGCAGUUCAGACGGUUUUUACCUUUAUUCAGAUCUUCUCUACGUCUUGGAUUAUGUUCACCAUCCUCCUCUUCUUCAAUGGUUUGGGACAGAUGUCCAACUUUAUAGCUGCUUUAGUGCUGGGCAUGGAGAUCUUUAAUGGCAAUACGCGAGUCCUUUACGCAUCCCUGGGCUCAUGUUUAGCCUAUGCCAUUGGCUACAUUAUGCUGCCUCUCUUCGCUUACUUUUUAAGGGACUGGAAAUCUCUCCUGUUGGCUUUGUCUUUGCCUGGCCUGGCCUACGUUCCCCUCUGGUGGCUCGUCCCAGAGUCUCCUCGGUGGCUGCUCUCUCAGGGAAGAGUGGAGGAGGCUGAGGCCAUAAUGAGAAAGGCUGCAAAGUGGAACAAAGUUAAGGCUCCGAGUGUCAUCUUUCAGGAUUACAGUGUUAAUAAAACAAAGUCACACUCUAAAGAACACUACAAUAUCUUCGACCUGCUGAGGACCAGAAGCAUCAGAAUCACAUCUCUCAUUCUCUGCCUGCUGCUGUUCACUACGAAUACUGGAUACUUUGGUCUGUCCCUGAACACAUCCCAACUCCAUGCUGACCCCUACUUGAGCUGCUUCAUCUCAGCAGCUGUAGAGGUACCAGCAUACAUUUCCAGCUGGCUGGCUCUGCGAUACCUUCCACGAAGACUUUCUGUCACCGGUACCUUGCUCCUUGGAGGAGUGCCACUGUUCUUCAUUCAGCUGGUGCCUCAAAGUCUACCAACUCUGUCUCUUGCGCUGGAGAUGUUGGCCAAAUAUGCUAUUACCACUUCUCUCUCUCUGAUGCUCGCCUACAUUGCAGAGCUUUACCCAACAGUCCUGAGGAACACAGCAACGGGGAUAUGCACUAUGGUUGGCAGAAUGGGAGUCUGCAUUGCACCAAUUUUGUUAAAGCUCAGCGUAUACCUAUUAUAUCUUCCUUAUAUUAUAAUGGGGACUCUCGCUGUUGGGUCUGCCUUUGCUGGUCUCUUCCUGCCAGAGACUCUUGGAAAACCUCUACCUGAAACUAUACAACAGAUGCAUAAGAGAGAAAGGAUAAAGUGUCCAUGCAUCACUGGAAAAGAAACCCCAAUACCCGUGGUACUCCGGGACACUAUGAUUAUCUAGCAAUUUACUGAUGUAGGUUAUGUUGAUAUUGCUUUUGAAUGUCAUUACUACUGUUAAUACUUAUUUAUAUUUUCAUUAUAUUUAAGGUGUCUUAAAUAAGAAUAAGUUAUUCAUCAAUAGUUUUCCAUUUUAAUACAUUUGAAAACAUUACUGUUCUCUUUUCUAAGACAUCAGAAUCUAAAAUUGAAAUUGUCAAAUUAAAUCUUGGGAGUUCUA